UAUUAUCGUCUAAAUAAACACAAACAAAACCGUAUUUAUUCUCAGAGCGCUCGUACUCACUCCCACUCUCUGACUAUCUCUCUCUGUUUUUCUCCAUUUCUCUCUGGCUCUCCGAAUCACUCAGAGAACACUCUCCGGAUACUUUCCCGCGCUCUUUCGCCCGCAUCAAGAAGCGAAACAAUCGAGUGAAAGCGCGGAGCGGUGCAAAAGGCAAACCAUAACCGAAAUGUAUUGUAUUCCCAUGAACAAAACAGAGAAAAAUACAGAGAAAUACUACAAACUCGCAUUAUAAAAAGAAAAACUUUCAUUGGUGUCGUCUCCCGAGCGAAUGGGAUGGAUACAUUGCACACAAGAGCCAAAGUGCACGGCGCAUGGUGGCAGGGGCAGAAGCUGAAGCAGCAGCAGAAGCAGAGGGGGAGCAGAGCACUACGGAGCGGAGUGCCACGGAGAGCGAAAUUAUUACGGAACUAACGCCAGACCCAGACCCAGACCGAGACCCAGUCGCUGUCGCAGACUAGAGUUGUGCAGUCGGAACGGAGUCGGAACUUGGUAUCGUAGGGCGGAAUCAGAAUCGGAAUCGUGAACCGAGAGUCGAGAAUCGAGAGGCGGACCAGACCCAUCCAUUCUCGUGAAAUGGGAAAAUGUGCUAGAGAUGUUCGCUGGACGACCACGGGGCAUGCUGCAGCAUGCAUGAAACCAAGCAAAUGAAUUUAAUUGAAUUCCAAGUGAAACGAAACGCAACGAAAUCAGAUGACAAAAUUUAUUAAAUUAAACAAGAAGUGAAAAGUCAGUCCCCGCAGCACACGACGACGGUCCGGCCCCACGAAACGGAAGUCUCCGAAAGCACACGCCCACACAAAAGAAAUAGAAAUAAUACUUCCCAAAUAAACUAAGCGAAAAAGCCUCUCCCCACAUCCAGCGACAAUGGGCAAGGAUCAGGAGUUCCUGGAGGCGGCGCGCAACGGCAACAUCAGCCACAUCGAGAAGGUCCUCACACAGAAGGCUAAGAGGGCCGGACCCCUUGCCAGCCUACGCCGUGGCACUGGCGUCAAUGUCCAGGACAGCGGCGGCUACUCGGCCCUCCAUCAUGCCUGCCUCAAUGGCCACGAGGAUAUAGUGAGGCUUCUGCUGGCCAACGAUGCCUCGCCCAAUCUUCCAGAUUCCCGUGGCUCAUCACCCCUCCACCUGGCCGCCUGGGCCGGCGAGACGGACAUUGUGCGAUUGCUCCUCACCCAUCCGUAUCGACCGGCGACUGCCAAUCUGCAGACCAUUGAGCAGGAGACGCCGCUGCACUGCGCCGCCCAGCAUGGACAUACCGGUGCCCUGGCCCUCCUCCUGGGCCACGAUGCGGAUCCCAAUAUGCGCAACUCUCGGGGAGAAACCCCCCUAGAUCUGGCCGCCCAAUACGGUCGCCUGCAGGCGGUCCAAAUGCUCAUCCGCGCCCAUCCCGAGCUGAUUGCCCACCUGGCGGCCAUGGAGAGGGGUACACGGUCGCCCUCGUCGCCAGCCUCCCCCAGUCGGACAAUCUUUCCACACACCUGCCUUCAUCUGGCGAGUCGCAACGGACACAAGAGCGUCGUGGAGGUGCUGCUGGCGGCGGGCGUGAGCGUCAAUCUGCUGACGCCCUCGGGCACGGCCUUGCACGAGGCAUCGCUAUGCGGCAAGGAGAAUGUUGUGAGGACCCUACUGAAGGCUGGCAUCGAUCUAUCAGCCACGGACAACGAGGGACGCACUGCCCUGGACAUCCUGCGCGAGUUUCCGCCGCAUGUGACCAAGCACAUAGUGGCAGUGAUCAACAACUUUCGCAACCAAAUGGACACCGAUGAGGUCGAUGAGGUCAUCUACAGACAGCACGCGGGGCCGCCGCCCCUCUCAGGGCGGGGGGGCCUGCAGAUGAAGCUGCAGCAGCAGCAGCCACAGCACAGCAGCAAUCACUACCACUACAACUCGAACAACCACUUGCUGAACCACUCGCACUCUAUGCAGCAGUCGGUCUACAGCAAGCAACGGAUGAGUGCCGGCAAUGGCGGGGGGCCCUACAAUGGAGGCAAGUCCCUGGACAGCGCCCUGCAGCCGGAGGAUCGCUUCUACCAGGAUCUCAACGCGCACUCGCCGCUGCACAGCCAAAACGAAAUGGUCGGAGGCUACAGUGUCAGUCCUUCGUCGUCGCUGAGCAGCUUUGAGCCGGCUUCGGUCUCACCCCGAUCCCGCUGCUCCACCGGGGGCGUUGGUGGACAGCCCCUCCAGAUGAGCACCUUUGCCCCGGCUGGCCCGCCAAAGAAACCGCCCCGUCGGAAUCUCUCCGUGUCGCCCACACAUGCCGGAUCGGGCCAGCAGUUCAGCUACAGCUCCCCCUGCUCCAGCCAGGGACAGCAGCAGCAGAAUCUGCGCCGCCCGCCACCCACCGACAGUCCGUACUCCCAUCAGAGCCAUGGCAGCGUCGGUGGCAUGAGCUUCGAUGAGACGCAGCUGAGGGAAAGACAGCGAAGCGAUCGACUCUAUGCCAGUGCCAGACAGAGUACACGCUCCGCCAUAGCCGGGGGAGUGAGCCUCAGUUCCAGCAAUGAUAUGCUGGAUCGACAGUGCAGCAGUUCGGAGCUGAACAGCGAGACAAGUGUCCCGAAUUCCAGCGGAGAGUCGCCAGCGACCAGCUCCAUGAAACGCCCUAUUCCGGCACCGCGAAGUGCGGCCACCAAGCUGUCCAAGGAGCUGCUCAAGUCCUGCGAGAGUGCGACUCUCAAGUCGUACAAUCCCAACCGGAAGCUCAAGCGGAAUCGUAACAGCAGCGCCAAUGUGGCCAGCAAAUCGAGUGGUGAUGCCGCCGACGAGAACUGCGAGGCCAAGCAGCAGAUACCCAGCAGUCCCACCCACUACAAGCAGCCGCCGACGCCAGAUCAUCCUCCGCCCAGUUCCAGCCAGGCGGAGCGCACCAUCCACGAACGGAUACGUCCGCUCAGUCAGGAGUACAAGCGUCGCUCGGCCCUGCUGCAGUUGCAGGCGGCACAGCAGCUGAUGAUCGAGACGGGGUCAUCGCCAUCGAAGCUACUGCCCACGCUGGGCACGCCCGGCUACGACUACGACGAUGCGGUCACGGUGGUGCCCCGCUGUCCAGCCCCCAGUUCGGGGUCGUUGAGUUCGAGCAUCUCUUGCUCCUCGGAGCACAGCCUGUCCCACUCCACGGACUAUGUGGAGGAGUUUGUGAGUGAUGUGCCCUUCGCGGGUUUGCUCAAGGGCUCCGUGUCACAGCCCAGAGAGCUGCAACCCACGGUGCAGGUGCUCGUGCAGGUCCCAGAGGAGGGAAAACCACAGCAGCAGCAACUGCAGAAGCCCAUACCCCGUGUGCGUCCCCCCUUACCCACCAAGCCAGCUGUUCCGGAGAGAAAGUUCAUCAAGCCCCCGACCACGCCCACUAAUCAAGCGCAGCAGCAACAGCAGUCACCGCAAACGCUGGAGGCCAAUGGCAACUCUGCAAUGGACGCAGCGGCUGCUCCCUUGGCACCUCGCCGUUCCCCCUCGAAAUCGCCCACAAAAUCGCCCACAAAAUGUGCCCCAGCCAAGUCUCCGGGCAGCGGGCACUCGGCUGCCACACGGAACUCGAUCAAUCUGCUCAGCCCCUUCAAUGCGGAGGAGGCGCGCAAGAAGAUCUCUGAGAUUAUUGAGAACUUUGGCAGCGGCAUCCUCAACACCAGCAUCACGCCCACACACGAUAUUGAGCUGGAUUUCGAGGACAUGGAGGUGCCCAACGAGCGUCGGGAAUUGGCCACGCGUCUGCGCACCGCCGGACUGCUGCAUCUGGAGAGGAUGCUCUUCGAGAAUGGCUAUGAUAGCUACAAAUUUGUGCACAAUGUCUUCGAGGAGCCGGAUAUUCCCUUGUUGCACAUUCCCGAGCGUGAUGCACCGAAGCUGCUGCGUUUCGUCCAGACCCUUCCGCCUGCCGAGUUCCAGCCGCAGGUCCCCAUCAAAACGCAGCAGGAGAACAAGCAACAGGGCGUCGCCACACUCCAACAGUGGCUCCACAGCAUCGCCCUGCCCGAGUACCUAGAGUUCUUCAACAAACAUCUGUACAACACCAUCGAGAGCGUGUGCGGUGUGUGGGAUGUGGAGCUGCAGACGGUGCUGGAGAUCAACAAGCUGGGCCAUCGCAGACGCAUCCUGCAGUCCCUGGCAUACAUCCGACAGAUGCGGGACAGCGACUCCAAGGCGUCCCUGAAGACGCCGCUGGGCGAAAACAACGAAACCAAUCAGCUGACAACGAACGGCAAUGGCAACAAGGAGGCGGUAGCAGCCAGGAUACCCCCCAAUCCUGUGCAGCAUCGCAAUUCCAUAACGGGUUAUCGCAAGAGUCGACCUGCACCACCACCACCGGCUCCUCCGGCGAGGAAGGCGGUGCCAUCCACUGCACCACUCCACAUACGGGCACCCUCAGAGCUGCUGCUGGGUCUGCCAGCCAAUCUCCGGACCACCGAAUGGCGCCACUCGGCCCAGACUUUGCUCAACGAGCACAUCAAUUACGAGGUCCAGUACCUCGGCUCAACGGUUGUGAAAGAACUACGUGGCACAGAGUCCACUAAGAAGUCCAUACAAAAGCUGAAAGCCUCUGGCAAAGGUGAAGGCAAAUCGGGGUCACCACUCUCGCUGGCCAUCAGCCAUCGCGGGGUAGAGUUCAUCGAUGUGAGCAGCAAGCGCAUCAUCUGCGAGCAUGAGAUACAGAACAUCAACUGCGCCUGCCAGGACUCGGAGGAUCUGCGCCACUUUGCCUACAUCACCAAAGAGCAGGAUCUGCACUACUGCCAUGUGUUUCAGGUCCAAAGCACAGAUCUGGCAAGUGAGAUUAUACUGACGCUGGGACAAGCCUUCGAGGUGGCCUACCAGUUGGCGCUGCGCGAUGGGAUUGCCGCCACGCCAGCGCUGCUCCUGGAUAAUGGCAUGCUGCUGGGCGAGUACUGUGGUGGGAAAUAGGGCGAGGACCUGGCCGCAGUUCAAGCCCAAGCAAAGCAACCACCGGCACCGGCACCGGCACCACUCAGGCCAGGUCGCAGUCUCAAUCUAAAUCUCAGCCACAAUCCCAAACACAGUCGCAGUCGCAGUCUCUGCUCCAAGCUACUUUGCCUCACCAACUAUGGGGCCCUGUUCAAGCUCUAGUUAGAUGGAAUUUUUCUAAGAUGGAAACUACACAACUUCCGGAUCGUAGUUCUUGCAUUUUAUACGAAAUGUGUUCCCAAAAGAAACAUUUUCAAAUGGCCAAAGAACAACUACAAAACGAAUAGAACAAAAAGACUCUUAACAAAAGGCACAAUUUUUUCAAUUUAAAAGAAACGCACAACAGAACACAAGGCUUUUUUCGAGCUUCAAAACUUCCACAAAAAAUUAAAAAAAAAAUCCAAAACUUCUUUCCUUUCAUCGGAGAUUAUCAUUAGAUGCAUUUUGAAUUUUUUCCCCUAAAACCAAGCGUAUGAAAAUAAUUGCAUUUACAAAGUAAAAAAAAGAAAGAACGAACAAAAUAUAUGAAAAUGUUUUAGCAAAUUUUUAAAAAGAUAUGAAAAAAAAACAAAACAAUUGAGAAUCACAAACAAAUUUAAAAAUAUAUUGGCUUAUUAAACAAUUUUAUCGAUGUUGAAUGCUGCAUAUUUCAUAUACGAUAAAACAAAGAAUUGAAUUUAAAUAAAAAUUCAAAUUAAAAUACAAAGCAAUGCAAAAAUCAUAUCCCACAUUCAUGGAGAUCUAUAAUCUAUUGGCUAAUCCACAUUUACUCUAUAUACUAUAUACAUACGACUAAUACCUAAUACCGAUAUGAAUGCGUGUGUUGUUAUAUAAUUUUUAAUUGAAUAUUUAAGCGAAUCGAAUCAAAUCAAAGUACAGACAACGCAUCAAGUUAUAAGCAAAUUGUUGCUUACAAAAUCAUCAUUAAUGAAAAUUGACUACAUCGAUGUGAAGAGUAUGUACGUAUGCAUGUAUUUACAUUUUAAGUAUCUUUCUUGGAGCAUAUUUUACGAAUUUUUAAAACGAAUGGAAUUUUUAACUAGUCCCUUAGUUGUUAAAUUGUAAAACAUUUUAUUUUGGUUUAAGGCCAGGCCUUGUUGUUGUUAUCCUCUCAAUCAUUCUCUUGAGUUGAAGUUUUCCUUAGAAAUUGUAUUCAUAAUUUAUUCUCGAAACGAUUCUACUCUAUCGAUGUAUGCAAAUGCUUUAAAUGUUAGCCUGCUUCUGGUACAACAGAUUCCAUUAAGUACCUACCUACUCAAUACAAAAACGGAGAUCAAUAAAGAUCAUCUUAAUCCAA